UGUCUACCUUGAAUUUCAACCUACUUUUAUUACACGCAGUAAGUACCUACAUGUUUAUGAUAAAAAUCAUUUAAAUUAGUUGUAAAUUGUAAAGAUCACUUUUAUUACUUUAAUAAAAAUGAAAACGACUCUUUUAUAUGUUUCUUCUGUCAUUCUUGCUACGACCGUCAUUGAACUUGAAGGUAGAGCAACAGAAGUAGCGAACGGUCAAGGAUAUUCGACCAAAUAUGAUAAUUUCGAUGUUAAAAAAAUUUUGGCUAAUGAUAGAUUGUUAAAAAGAUACGUAGAUUGUUUAAUGGAUCGAUUACCUUGUCCAUCGGAAGGAAAGUUUUUAAAAGAUAUUAUGCCAGAUGCUAUCGCAACAAAAUGUAGUAAAUGCAAUGAAGCCCAGAAAAAACAAGCUGCAUAUAUCUUGCAUGACCUUCUUCUAUAUCACCGGGCAAUGUUCUUUGAUUUGUGCAAGAAAUACGAUCCCACAGGAGAAGCCAGAAAAGAGUAUGAAAUUGAGGAAAACGAGUAAAGAUUUUUUUAAAUAUAAUAGGGUUAAUAGGUUGGACCUUCAUAUGGAUUUUUUUUUAUAUUCAGCUUCUUAAACGUUUUGAAAUUAGUUUUUUUAAAGUCAAGGUAUUGUAAAUAAUUUAAAUUAAAAUAAAGGUAAACAAUUUAUAGAAUAUGACAUUUUUCUUAUUUGUAUUAUGUUAAUACUAGUGACUAAUAUUUAAUAAAUUUAAUUAACAACAGUUAUUUUCGAGGGCAAACCAAAAAGAGAGAGAGAAUUUUUCUGCUUUUUUGCAAAUAUGAAAACAACUUUUUAAAAUUCUGAUAUACAGGGCAUUGUUUCGAAGUGAAUAAAAAAAAUUGUAAUUUUUUAUGUUAGUUCGGACCUGGAUUUCAACUUUUAUUUAUACACUAUUCGGUAACAUACUAAAGUCUAUUUUUAUGUAUGAGAGAG